AUGGAUCACGACUCUGAGAAAUCGGCCGUGGCCCAGCACAUCCCCGAUCUCGAGCCCCAACAAACGGGCAAGAGCUUCGACGAUGUGGCCGACCUCGAUAUCUCACCCGAAGAGGGGAGGGCCAUCAUCCGCCGAGUCGAUGUUCGUCUCGUCAUUACAGUCGGUGUGCUCUACUGCAUGUCACUGAUGGAUCGCACAAACUUGUCCGCUGCGGCCAUUGCUGGAAUGACAAAGGAAUUGGUCUUGGUUGGCAACCGAUAUUCCAUCGUCACGCUGGUAUUUUUCGUCACCUACAUCGUCUUUCAACCACCAUCAACCGUCAUUAUCAGAAAGAUCGGGCCUAGGAUCCAUCUUGCGCUCAUCACUCUACUUUGGGGUGCCAUUAUGAUUGGGAUGGGUUUCGUCAAGGUGUGGAACCAGCUUGCAGCCCUAAGAAUCAUCCUUGGUAUUCUCGAAGCCGGAUUCUUCCCUAGUUCCAUUUACCUGCUGAGUACCUGGUACACCCGAUAUGAGGUCGGAAAGCGAUACUCGGUCUUUUACAUUAUUGGUUGCGUCGCCUCUGCUUUCGCGGGCAUCCUUGCAUAUGGGUUGAUGCAAAUGAACGGUCUAGCCGACUUGACCGGUUGGCGUUGGAUCUUCAUCAUCGAGGGCGUCCUCACGUGCGUCAUCGCCAUCGCCAGCUACUGGCUUCUCGUCGACUUCCCCGACUCGAAGCGUGCGUCGUGGAAGUUCCUCACCGAUCGCGAAAAGAGCUACAUCAUCGCCCGCGUCAACGCCGACCGAGGAGACGCGAAGAUCGCUCCAUUCAGCUUGGCCAAGUUCCUCCGCGCCGGGCUCGACCCUAAGAUCUGGGGCUACGCCAUGCUCUUCUUCAACUCGACAACCGUCACCUACUCGAUCGCCUACUUCUUGCCCAUCAUCCUUCACUCGAACAUGGGCUUUGAUGUCGGGCAGUCUCAGUGUCUCGUCGCGCCUCCGUACGCCUUCGCCGGUUUCAUCAUGUUCGGGACCGGAUACGUUGGCGACCGAUACAAGGUCCGCGGCCCCAUCAUCGUCUUCAACAUGAUCCUUUGCAUCAUUGGUCUCUCCAUUAUGGGCUGGCACGAAAAUAAUGCUGUACGGUACUUUGGCGUCUUUUUCAUGACGGCUGGAGCCAACUCCAAUGUUCCCGCGGUCAUGUCGUAUCAGGCAAACAACAUCCGAGGCCAGUGGAAGCGUGCGUUCUGCAGUGCUACUCUGGUCGGUUUCGGAGGCAUUGGUGGCAUUGCCGGAAGUUUGGUAUUCAGGUCUCAAGAUGCCCCCGCAUACAAGCCUGGUCUUUACGCUUGUCUCGCUUGCUCCAUACUCAACGUCGUCCUUGUCGGCGUGCUGGACAUCGCAUUCUACUUCCAAAAUAAGAAGGCCGAUCGGGGCGAAAUUUCCAUCGAGGCCCAUGAGGAUGAUUCUCAAUCCAACUUCCGGUACACCUACUAA